ACUAGAAGUAAAUUUGACUAAAGUCCUAGAUAUCGCUCAUAAAUGGAGGGCUGUCCUCCUACUUGACGAGGCUGAUAUUUAUCUCGAAAAGCGUGAUACAAUCAAUAUAGAACGUAAUGCGAUGGUUGGUGUAUUUUUACGUCUGCUUGAAUAUUAUCAAGGAGUCCUCUUUUUGACAACAAAUCGAGUUACAAAUUUUGAUGAUGCUAUCUGUUCACGAGUUAGCAUGUUCUUCCAUUACCCAAAACUCAAUGAAAAAGAAAGACUUGGAACAUGGGCUAAUUUCAUAAGACGUGGUAAUCUUCCUUUCAAGGCAGAUGACUUUGUUAAUUAUGAGUUGAAUGGUCGUGAGAUUCGUAAUGUUAUUCACAUCGCACAAAAGUUGGCGCAAGAUAAGGGUACAGAUUUGUGUUCAAGUAUUAUGAUAGAUGUAAUUGAAACUGUUCUUGGAUUCCAAAAUGAAAAGAAUAGAAAAAACAUUACACCUAAUGGUGUGAACCAUUAA